AUGGAACAGGAAAGACAACUUGAUUCGAAAAACCAUAUUGAAUCUCCAAGAGCCAAAGAUGCAAAGGCAUUUGUAACCAAUUUGACAAGACACCUAGAUUGUAAGUUAUAUCCGUUGAAGCUUCGAGAUAUUAUCAUGCAGUGGAUUACUAAUGCAAUAAGAAAAGGCUUCACUUGGCAUGCAGAGCAAGAGGAACAUCCAGAAUAUCCUACUUGGAAUCUUUUGAAAGAGCACCUUAUCAACACUGCCUUUUGCUACAGACGAGAAUAUAAACGCCCAAUGGUUUUGGUUCUUGAUCAAACUCGUUCUGCCUGGUCGCGAGCAAUUAUUCCCUUAGAAGUUGGUGAUAUCUCAGAUGAAGAAGCCGUAAAAUUACUUAAAGAUUCUGGUACUGACCAAAAAACUGCUGAAGAUGCAGUGAAAUACCUGACCGGUGGACGGUUUGCUUUAUUGACUCAGUUCCAAUCAUUGAGUCGAUAUCCUAAAAUUUUGUUUGAAGAAUUCAAGGAGCAACUGUUCACGCAGGUUAAGAGAGAUUUGGAUAUGGUGGAACUUCCUGAAAACCAUGAAUUUUUCAUAAAGCUUAUCGAAAUACAUCGUAUUGGCAUUCAGCAAGCUAAAACAAUUAUACCUCUCAACAUGCUUCGCAAACUUGUCAAGGCUAACAUUCUCAAAGAACAUCAGGACUACACAGUGUCCUUUCAUUCACAUUAUAUCGAUACCUACUUUAAAGAGGUAAUUCUUGCUGAUAAAAUUGCGAUUUGA